AUGUACCCUAUUCAGAAUAACUGUACAUUAUUUAGAAUAACCGUAUUCAGAAUAACUGUACAUUAUCCAGACCAGCUAUAUAUUAUACAGAAUUAUUGUACCCUAUUCAGAAUAAAUGUACCAAAUUCAGAAUUAAUGUACAUCAUUCAGAAUAAUUGUAUAUUUAUUCUGAAUACUGUACGGCUAUUCUAA